CAUCGAUACUCGAUAGAUAAGAAGGGAACAAUAUCCUUUAGAUCUCGGUAUGUACCUAGGGUGUACUACCAGUUCUGAACCCUAGUGAGUAUUGAAGGGAUGUACCUUUGUGGUUGCGGCGGUUGGGGUCGAGCCAGGGCCGGGAAAGCCAUCUCCCCGCACCCGGCGCUUUCUUUAGCCCGCACUCUAUUCAGAGGGGCAUCGAGGAUAUGCAUACAGGGUCCUCCGUGGCAAUGCAUGUUAGGGAUACACUGCGGGGCACCAUGCAUUCUUCCAGACACUCUCCUGGACAUUUCGGGAGAAGCAGAAAAAAAGUCGGAUUCUAUCGGAAUCCUUUUGAAGACUUACUCUAAAACUCAAGACCUUGGGCAGUUAUUGAGGCGCCCAGGAUCCUUUGGCCGUGGCAACUUGCCUUUUAUCAGUCAGUUAAGAUGGAAGGCUUUCCCCCCAAGUUGCGGGAAAAUGAAGCAUAUCAACUUGCUUUCGUGUCGCUUCAUGCCGAGCAAUGCUCGGGAUAGACUGGCUGGCUAAGAAUAUUUAAUAUCUCUGAGCCAGCCAUGGUUGUCAAUUCACCAACCCAUCAUUUUCGCUCAAUCAGCAAGUCGCCACGAUGCCAACAAUAACAU